AGCUGCCUGGGCUCUGGCGCCAUGGCACGGCUGCGUCAUGGCUUGGCCCUUGCCCUGCUGGGCGCGCUGGGCGCACUGGGCGCUGGGCAUGUCCCCGUGGGCUUCGUGGGGCCCCGGGCAUUGCCUCGUCGGGAUGUGGCCCGCAGCGCGGAAGCGGACCAGGCGCUAAAGAGGCGGUAUGUGCCCGGGCGCCGGGUGGUGGCAAAGCGGAAGGGCCCGAAGCCCGCCGUGGGCAUGCCCAAGACCCGCCGGGACCUGGGCUGGCUGUUGAUCUUCGCCGGUUUGGUCGGUAUUCUCAGCGAGCCGGGAUCUGAGAUGUCCGACAUGUCUGAAGUGGAGACGGGACUGACGAGAAGUGCUGGCGAAUGGGCUUACUCCUCUCCAGCGAUUGAAACUGGCAGCAUUCUCAUGGCACGACCUGGGGAUACCUUUGUUGAUCACCAGCAGUACUUCCACAAGUCAGUGAUCCUGGUGCUUCGGCACGAAAAUGACGGCGACCAGGGCAUCAUCAUCAAUCGGCCCAGUGGUUUCAACACGGCCCAGCUUGGCAUCAAAGGCCCAGUUUGGAACAUAUGGUUUGGCGGUGACUGCGAGGGCAUACGGGGCCAAGGUAGCGUGCGAAGCUACUGCCUGCAUGUCUCAGAUCGGUUCAAAGACGUGUCAACAGAAGUGACUCGGGGUGUUUACCUCACCAGCUUUCAGAAGGCGAGGGAACUGGUGACGCAGGGCCGCGCUGAUGCAUCGGACUUCAUGCUGUUUCUCGGCUACUGCGGGUGGGGAAGAAACCAGCUGCAGGGUGAGCUGGACCGCGGAGUUUGGAAGAUGGCCUCGGUGGACAGUCGGCUCCUGGUCCGCGAGCUCCGCGAGGAGUCCCUGGAGCUACGGCGCCUGCCGAGUCUGGGCCUGGACGACGGGGUGGGGCUCUGGCGCCACCUGUACGCGGUUGUGGACUCCAACGUCCCCGGAGCUCGCGACCCUUUUGAGUCCGACAUGCUGGACUUUGAGAGGUCGGAAGGGGACGCCUUUGGGGACGUGUUGCUGCGGCAGUGGGUCAUUCAGAAUUUGACCCCGCAUGAGAUCGAGAUCGGCUUCGGGGAAUGAGUGUGAGUCGCUGAGUGGCGAAGAGACUGCCUUGACUCAUGACGGCCUGCACCCCGUGAGCCGUCCUGGCUUGUUGAAUACAUACAGUUUGCCCCAGCCUGCUCACCAGGCGGCGUGCAUGUGAUUAACCAUUAAUGUCUUUCAGUGGGUGAGCCUCCUUGUUUUCCAACACCUGCAGAGACUGCCAAGCGUAUGAAGCCAUGUUUGGAGACAAAGGAUGUGUGGCAAGCACGGAUCAGCAUGGCAAAUUCGAGUGGGAGCUGCUGAGAGGGUGCCAUCGCUUUCGCAAUGGGCGACGUGUUCAUAUUUGAAAUGCAUUUUGUCAUGCUCACGCUGACUGACCUUGACUUCCCUCGCAAUGACAACUUCUGGUUCAGCCAGUAUUGCCCUUGCAACAACUAGGUUGAAUCAUGAGCAGCUCCAUGCACAAACCAAUCUAUAGUGCACUGCGGCACAAGGCUGCAAAUUUCUGAUGCAUUGGCCUGGCUCUCCCAACGAAAUUGCAGCCUGGCGAAAAACA